CGGUGCGACAAGGUUAACCUCUUUCACCGGGGCAGUGCUACAUACGGCACUGUGGGAGUGUGGCAGCGCCCACUGUCCAGUGUCCACAAACCAAGCACGCCAGGGGUGAUAGGGCCGCUCCCGAGGCCUAUGCGACGGUGUCUUGGCCACUCAUCAAAUUAUGGUCGGGCAAAGCUUAUUUACUACAAGUCUGCUUGGCAUGCUAGUACAGCAAGACAUGUCGACGGCUGUUUUCAGAGGGAUCCAUUUACUAUUCACAUGCUGUCAUGACUACUAGUACUUCUCAGUCAUCGCUGCCCAAGCCGGCCGCGACGAGCACUGACCCUCCGCCACGAAGAAGGCCCUCGGUGCUGCUGAUCGUGGGGAGCAUCGUCGCCUUCAUCCUGGUGUCUCUAGCACUAGGCCUAGGUCUUGGCCUUGGACUGGGACUCAGACGUCACAUCAGUGCCGGCAGUCCGCCAUCUGCGCCGGCGGCAUCUGGGACACCGCUGCCCGGAUCGGGGGCUGAUCCGAAUGCGAGGCUCGAGGAGUGGAGGCUGGAUCCCGACCACUAUGUGUUGAACAUGUCGUGGGACAUCGGCGCGGCCCCGACGACCAGGCACUAUGACUUUGUCAUCACCGAGGGGCGCGGCUGGCCAGACGGCGUCGUGCGCGAUAUGCUCUUCAUCAACGGCAAGUUUCCCGGGCCGCUGAUCGAGGCGAACAUGGGAGAUCGCCUUAUCGUCAACGUCACCAACAGACUGACGGCCAACGCCACGACCAUCCACUGGCACGGCCUCUACCAGAACGGCACCAACUGGCUCGACGGGACCACGGGCAUCACGCAAUGCGGCAUUCCGUCGGGGCAGUCUUUUGUGUACAACUUCACCCUGGAUCAGUUCGGCACGUACUGGUACCACUCACACUACGGGACCCAGUACCUCGAUGGCAUUCUGGGUCCUCUCAUCAUCCACGGCCCGCCCGAGGCCGAGGUGCGGAAGCAGUACGAUCAGGACCGCGUCGUGCUCAUCCAAGACUGGUACCACGGCUUCAGCCAGGUCAAUGUGCAGGCGUAUCUGGCCCCGGACAACGAGAACGCGGAACCUAUUCCUGACAACGGGCUGGUCAACGGCAUGGCCUACUUUAACUGUUCGAUGUAUGGAGCCGAUUCUGGAUACACCUGUUACGACAAUAACACCUAUGCCGUUUUGUCGCUGGACGCGAAUACUCGAACACGACUGCGGCUCAUCAACACCGGCGCGUUUGCCGAGUUCGACGUCAGCGCCGAUAACCACACACUGUCUGUCAUCGAAGCCGACGCGACUCUUGUGAACCCGGUGACAGUGCACAGGGUCCCCAUCCACGUCGCGCAGCGGUACAGCGUGAUCCUGCACAGCAACCAGUCGACUUCGACCAACUACUGGCUGCGCGGCUCCAUGAUCAUCAACUGCUUCACCGACGACAACCCGGUGCUCGACUCGACAACCAAGGCCGUCAUCUCGUACUCGGGAAACACCACCAUCGUGCCCAGCGACGCCUCCUCGGUAGACUGGACCGACGCGCUGCCGAUCCACUGCAUCGACUUGGAAGACAGUGCCCUGGUCCCGAGCCAGCCAGAAGCACCGCCGGGGGCAACCAAGAUGUGGCGGCUCGACUUCAGCUUCGGGAUCGGAGCCAUGCAGCUGGACAGAGCCAAGUUCAACGGGACCACGUGGUCGGCGCUCGAGAAUACGACCACCCUCAUGCAAGCUGUCGACGGGUUGGCUGGGGAGGCUCAUCAGGGGUCCUCAGUCAGCAACAGCAGCACGUGGGCCGUGGAAGGGCAAGUGGAUGCGUUCGGGCCGAGCCAGUUCGUGCUCGGACUAAGCAAAGACCGGAUCGACGUGGUCGACAUCCUGCUCUACAGUCUCGACGAAGGGUCGCACCCGUUCCACCUGCACGGACACACUUUUUGGAUCCUGCAAACGGGAUCGGGCCCGUUCAACUGGACGGAUUACUACGAGAACAUCUACUACCCCGAUCCCGACUCGCCGGCCACGGCCCGCUCGCUGCGGCGCGAUACCUUCACGCUGCAGCCGUACUCGUGGACGCUGUUCCGCUUCGUGGCCGACAACGCCGGGCUGUGGGCCUUCCACUGCCACAUCGCCUGGCACAUGGAGGCUGGGCUGAUGAUGCAGUUCAUGAGCCGGCCGGACGUGCUUGCGGCGACGAGCAUUCCGGGGGAUGUCCGGGGGUUGUGUGCGGGUGGAUGAGCGUUGCAAACCUAGAACUCAGCAGCGUAGCAUGUCAUUCGCGGAGAGCAUCUUUCAAAUUGUUUUCGUGGCGUGGCUGUGGA